CUCACCUCAGUCAAUCGUUCCUCGAUCGCGGAGCUCUCUAAACGUAUACCCGGUGCGAUCGCGGUUUUUACUACGGAACCCGUUGUCCCAGAAGAAAAUUCAAAAUUGAAUCUAGAGUUCAAGAAACGAAACCUGUAAACAUGGAAAUGUUUAAAUAACAAAAACUUCAACAAACAUGAUCAUCAAAAGAUCGUUAAACGUAAAAUAGAUACUUCCCUCGGUGGCCGUGGAUACUGAUAUAUCUGCAAAUUUUUUUUUUUUUUUUAAUUUCUGUGCGAUGUGAUUUUCUGUAUUUCCUCGACCAAGAAAAUUGAUGGGAAAAGAUUUAAGGAAAUGACGAGAAAUGAAAGUGUGACCCUUUUGAGGAAAAAAUGUCAUGGUUUUGUCCCGCGAGAGCAGGAAAAAGUGAUUGCGCGAAUAUACCGGUGCAAAAAAUAAAUAAUGAUUAUCGGAUUUAACCUUUUCCGUGCCCUCCGUUAAUCACCAACAUCAAACAGGCGAUUUUCAGUGACCAUAAAUUUUCAGUGUCAGCCAAAAGACAUAUCCCAAGUUUCUGUUCUCAGUUUCAGUUUUUUUUUUCGGUCGUUUCCCGAAGAAAGCCAUUAAUUUUAAUGAUCAAUCUGGAAAGAGGUUUCGUUUUCACUUUUUACUAAGUGCAUAAUCCAUUGACCUGUGUGCAUCUAAUCCAUUCAUAAAAUCUUUAGAUUCGGAUGGUGAUCGGUUGGGCAGUCAACCUGCUCUUUGUAUGUCAUGAGAAUCUGAAUUUUCGCGGGGCCCAUAUCUUUUUAAAUGGUAUUUGCUGUGGAUGUUUUAAUGUGAUUUUCGAAGAUAUUGCAUCUUUUUUGAUUUUUUGUUGUUGUGUUAAUUUUUGAGAAAGUGAGAAUAUCGACGAAGGAAAAAUGUGCACCAAAAAUCAAAUCAAUAUUUUGAUGGAGAAACUGAAUUUGACAUUACCAUCGUGUCCAAUCAAUUGUGUGAAUCGCGACGAAGACGCUUCGUCCGAAAUCAGUACAAAUCCUCAAUCUGCCAAUCAAAAUCAAAGUGGAAACGACACCAAUACCACAGGCAACGGUCACAAUCAAAACUCAACUGAUUAUUUGCAAUGCUUCAAUCUGUCCACCUUUCGAUCACGUUUGCCCGACAUAAAUUGCUGGAAUAAAUUGCCUUUGUAUCGCGGUAACUCGGCACCAUCUUCAGCACAUGUGGGUAAUGAGAAAGGUUGCGAUAGCUCCGAUAAUGCUUGCGACACCAAUGAGACAACGACUAAUAACAAUACAAAUUACAACAAUAACAAUAUAAUUGGAUAUAAUUUCGGUACAACUGGUGUUGGGAACGGUAGUAAUUAUACCAAAGAGACACCACUCCAUCGAUUCUAUCGGGCACAACAGAAGAAGAUGCCGGCAUUUCGCGGAAAACGAGGCUGGUGCGGGUGUUUUAAGGAUGACGAACCCCCCGAAAUAUGCGUCGUGGAAGGUGCCUUCACCCUUCAAACCCUCACGCCGACCCAACCAAUGCCGUCGGUCGAUGAACUCGACGCAAAAUUCGCUGAACUUGUCGAAGAAUUGGAUCUUACGGCUCCCAAUAAAGCUGCCAUGCUUAGCUUACCACCACAGAAAAAAUGGCAAAUCUAUUGUUCGCGAAAGAGUCCUUUAGACGGGACGGACGGAAAUGCAGCCCUUACGACAGCUCCUCCUACACCGGAUCACUAUAUUGAACGCUUGAAGAGUAUAUCGAUGCAACUUCACACCAGCCCUGAAGACUCACCGUGCCAUGAGUACAGCUCGAAAAUUGAAACGCACACUGUGUUCUUAGAUGCUCUAAAGACUGCCCUGCGAACCUCUGCACAUAGUUUUGUAUUGCGUUUUAUAGAAUUACAAGGAUUACCCGCGCUGCUUGAUAUAUUGCAAAAUCUGGAUAUACGUGUGGCGAACAGCUCGACGCAUACAAGUCUAAUUGGUUGCAUCAAAGCGCUUAUGAAUAAUUCGACUGGACGCGCUCAUGUCUUAGCUCAUCCAACCAGUAUAGACACAAUUGCACGAUCACUAGCUGCUGAUAACAUCAAAACAAAAGUCGCUGCACUGGAAAUCCUGGGAGCGGUAUGUCUCGUCCCAGGCGGUCACAAGAAGGUCCUUACAGCUAUGCUGAACUUCCAAGAGUUUGCAGCAGAAAGAGCCAGAUUUCAGGGAAUCAUUAAUGACUUGGAUAGAUCGACUGGUGCCUACCGUGAUGAUGUCAACCUCAAGACGGCCAUUAUGUCUUUCAUCAAUGCUGUGCUGAACUAUGGACCGGGACAAGAAAAUUUGGAGUUUCGAUUGCAUUUGCGUUAUGAAUUUUUAAUGCUAGGAAUUCAACCAAUCAUCGAUAAAUUAAGAAAGCAUGAAAAUGAGACUUUGGACCGGCAUUUGGACUUCUUCGAAAUGGUUCGCAACGAAGAUGAGAAGGAAUUGGCUCGCAAAUUCAACCAUGAACACGUAGACAGCAAGAGUGCUACAACAAUGUUCGAACUGCUUCGGCGCAAACUAAGUCAUUCACCAGCAUACCCCCAUCUGUUAUCCUUGCUACAGCAUAUGUUACUGUUGCCAUUUACCGGAAAGUGCAAUCAACAUUGGCUUCUCUUCGAUCGUGUUGUACAACAAAUCGUUCUCCAACAUGACGAUCGUCCUUUGAGUGAUGCCGAAUCGGACACUGGAUCUACGGAAAAACAAACUCAACUCAACGAUCCAGACGUCUCUCCCCUACAAAUCGAUGUUACCAAAAUUGUCAAGCUCCUUGUAAAGGAGGAAGAACUUACAGCUGCCAGAACCCGAGCUGAAGAACUCGAAAAGGAAAACACCGAAGUUCAAGCUAAACUCGCCAAAAAGGAGCAGGAAUUGGACUUGCGAAUGCAAGAGAAAGAAGACUUGGAAACAAGCUUGGCCAGAAUGCGAGAAAGAUUGGAAAAGGAAAGUGCCAAUCAUUCACAGGCUGUGCAACGAGCUCUGAAUGCUGAGAUGAAAGUGGAGGAUCUGCACCACAGACUCUCAACCGAGCAACAGGAGCGAAAUCGUUUGGAGCGUCUGGUCACCGAGGGUAGCAUACCGGACGACCAAAAAGUAGCUGGUUUGCAAGGCUGCAACGGACAAGUCUCGCCACCAGCACCGCCUCCACCAAAAGCCGCCGUGCCACCACCACCUCCACUGAUUAUGCCCCCACCACCACCCCCAUGCCCGGGUGUUCCACCUCCACCACUAGCCAUGCAACCAGGUAUGAACUACGACUUCAAAUUGAACUCAAGCUAUAACUCUUUGUCUUCUAUUUUACCAGCUCCACCUGCUCCUAAACCUGAAGUACCCAAGAAGAAUGUACCACAACCUGCAAAUCCACUGAAAAGUUUCAAUUGGUCCAAGUUACCCGAUGCCAAGGUACAAGGAACAGUUUGGAGUGAAUUGGACGACUCCAAGUGGUAUAACAGCAUCGAAUUGGAGUCAAUUGAUAAAUUGUUCUCAGCUUACCAAAAGAAUGGAGUUUCGGUAAAUGAUGGCUCCAUUGAAGACCUUCGCAUGAUGGGCAAACCACGUGCGAAAAUUCUAUCUGUGAUUGAUGGUCGACGCGCACAGAAUUGUACAAUUCUUCUGAGCAAGUUGAAGAUGAGCGAUGAGGAGAUUUCAAAAGCAAUUUUAUCUAUGGAUUCCAACGAGCAACUGCCAAUCGACAUGGUAGAACAACUACUGAAAUUCACACCAUCUGCAGAAGAACGAGCGCUGCUGGAUGAACACAGUGAGGACAUUGAUUCAUUGGCCAGAGCCGACCGAUUCCUUUACGAAAUUUCAAAGAUUCCGCACUACGAACAACGCCUCAAGAGUUUGCACUACAAGAAGCGUUUCAUGCUCACAAUCAACGACCUCUCACCACGCAUUGCAAGCGUCAUGGAAGCCUCCCGUGAGGUAGCUCGGUCACGACGUCUGCGAAAACUUCUGGAGCUCGUCCUUGCCCUAGGCAAUUACAUGAAUCGCGGAGCUCGUGGAAACGCUUCAGGCUUCCGAUUGGCUUCGCUAAAUCGAUUGGCUGACACGAAAUCGAGUUCCCUAAAAGGAACGACACUUCUUCAUUUUCUAGUCCAGGUCAUUGAAAGGAAGUUCAAGGAUCUACUCAAAUUAGAUGAGGAUUUGCCGCACGUGCGUGAAGCUUCGAAAGUAUCGUUAGGUGAAAUGGAUAAGGAUAUCCAAAUGCUACGAACUGGACUCACUGAAGUGUCACGGGAGAUUGAAUUCCAUAGAAGUGCUGGACCCCCACAACCUGGUGAUAGAUUCUUGCCUGUCAUGAGAGAAUUCCAUGCCCAAGCAUCGGUUCGUUUUGCAGAAUUGGAAGACAAGUACCAAGACAUGAAGACAAGAUUCGAUCGAGCCGUUCGCCUAUUCGGGGAAGAUGGCUCCAUUGUUCAACCCGAUGAAUUCUUUGGAAUUUUCGAUGCGUUUAUCUCAUCUUUCAUGGAGGCCAAACAGGACAACGAGAACUUCCGCAAACGACAGGAAGAGGAGGAGAAACGGGCGAAGCAAGAGGCUGAGUUGAAGAAGCGAACAAUUGAACGCAAGAACAAGGAGGGCCUGAUGAGCUCCCUCUCGAGAAAUCUCGGGCUCAAAUCAAGCAGCAGCAAUGCUAGCAAUCCAAUUGAAAGUGACCAUUCCAAAGGGAAUGACACGAAGGGUGAGUUCGAUGAUCUGAUUUCAGCCCUUCGAACAGGCGACGUGUUUGGUGAGGAUAUGGCCAAAUUCAAGCGCUCGCGGAAAGCAAGACUGGGUACAGGUAACACUUCGCCACCACGCCAUAGUUUGCAUCGGGAGGAAAGUCGAGAGAGGACUGUUCGCAGACAGUAAAUAGUGAAGUAAAUUUUAGAGCAAAAGUAUAUUAUGUUUUAAGCCCAUUUGGCUCAGAUUUUACACCGUAUGAUUGUCGUUAAAAAAGGCAAGUACUUUAAGGGCAAGCUGAGAGCUAAGAUUCGAAACCGAGCAUUAGAUUGGGUUUCAUUUCUUGGGGCCCAACUUGCCGCAAAAGAUACUUAGAUAGCUUGUAAGAUGGUGCAGAAUAAACACCAAAAACAAACCAAAAAAAGUCGAGAUAUGCAAAGCAUCUUUCAAGAAUGCUUGAGGCAGCAAAAGAUAUUCGCCCAGUUCUUGUUCACCAACACAAUGUUUUCGAGUCUCGUUUUUAUAUUAUCUAUUUAUACAUACGUAAAACUUCUUACAUUCAAAACAAAGCAGUGUCGUAACUAAUCGAAGCUAUUUCUACUCGAAUAGAUCCGUUAUUUACAAGAAUUAUAUAUAUAUAUAUUAUUACAAAUGUAGUAUAGUAGUAGAAAGUCUCCGUUCACUUCCCUUGUGCAAAUUAGAACCUGUAAUAAAUCUCGAUUUAUGUAGUAUUUUCGGUUUUAAGCUAGCGAAAUAACAGGACCCUCACGCUGAGACGAGAGGAGGAUUGUAGGUAACCCUUUCAUCGUUUUUAUUCCGUAAGAACAAACGACUCAAUGCGGUCACAACGAAUUAUUGAUGAGAAUAUUCCUUCGUAAAGUCGACUCUGGACAGGAUCAAAGUAAAACAGGAUAAAGAAAAUUAUAUACGAAUAUGUACAACUUACGAGAUUAUAUGAUACAGGUAAAGAGGAAGGCUGCAGUACAGCCUCCUUGAAAUUGGAAAAAAAAGAUGAAUUUGUCUCAUAAAGCAUACAUUGUGUAGCCUUUCCAUCUUUUUGUUAACGUGUCGUGUUUAAUUUCCUUUUUAUUUACUCUCGAAAUUAUUUAUUAGCUCCGUAAGAUCAUGAGAUUUACGUCAUUAUCAGUAAAGUAUUUUCUUGUAUUAUAGAUUUGUCUUAUAUUUACGUAUUUACCCCUUUUGUAUGUAUUUUUAUUUAAUCAAAAGUAUAUUCGGUAACGUUGUAAAUUCGUCAGAGGAUUAAGAAUAACAAAAAGAAUUGUAGUCAUAAAUAAACUGAGGACCACAGUGUGUAUGUGGAGUCUAAUGUGUUGAAGCUGUAGGUUUCUAUGCGAAUAAACGGUAAUAAAUAAAAUUAUGUUACGAAUA